AUGGAUGACUCGUGCAACGGCUCGCAAGUCCACGGGCGGCAAGGCCCCCGCAAGCAACUCGCCACCAAGGCGGCCCGAAAGAGCGCUCCGGCCACGGGCGGCGUCAAGAAGCCUCACCGCUACAGGCCCGGCACCGUCGCUCUGCGCGAGAUCCGCCGCUACCAGAAGUCCACCGAGCUGCUCAUCCGCAAACUGCCCUUCCAGCGCCUCGUCAGGGAGAUCGCGCAGGACUUCAAGACCGACCUGCGCUUCCAGAGCUCCGCUGUCAUGGCUCUGCAGGAGGCCAGCGAAGCGUACCUUGUCGCGCUCUUCGAGGACACCAACCUGUGCGCCAUCCACGCCAAGCGCGUCACCAUCAUGCCCAAGGACAUUCAGCUCGCCCGCCGCAUUCGUGGCGAGCGCGCUUGAACGCCCAGCUCGGCCCUCAAAGCACAACACAAAGGCUCUUUUCAGAGCCACCACUUACU